UCACACCGUGCCGCCAACAUCGUACGUAAAUAGCAGGGAAGCAUAAUGAGGACGGAAAUGCUGCUAACCUUUUGGGUUGGGUACAUACUCGCAUUGCACAUGAGCACUGCAGCAGUGGGCGAGGCUUAUGAUAUAUCGCCGACUUCCACGUAUCACUUAUCAAAUCAUCCUGCGUGGUCCGGCUCGGCUCUUGAAGUUCGCAGCGUGAGCGGAGUUGGACACUUUGCAGCACCCGUGAAUCCACACGAGGCAAUCGAUCAUCGUAGAAACAGACGUGGGUUAGAAGAGUUCGAGACAGACCCAGAAAAGUAUAUCGAGGAUCUAUCCUUUGAAGAUUUUCCACGCAGCCGCCGUGAGAUGAAAGAUGUUGAGGAAUUUACCCGCUUUGAAGGUCUUAUGAAGAAGCCAAGGGUCCGCAGAGACGCUGAACCAAAUUUGGAGAAGGUGUCCAGUUCAAAAAGCGUCCGAGAAGCUCGACUUAACUCCCCUGAAACGUGGUCAAAGCAACCAAUCUCCAUCGAGCUUCGUCGGCAUUCUAACGCUGAUCAAACCUCCUUUGGAAAGGACAUCCACGGGUCAUCUGGUCACCACGUACCGAAAACUGACUUUGUUACCGGACACCGGCGUGACUUUUCCGAAAGCCGAGAAUCGAGAGCAAUGCCAGAACUCGCUAGAUCGUAUCAGGACUACGUACCAUUGUUUCGGGAAAAGGUCAGGCAGCGUGAUUUCGACGUGACGAUUCCACGAUAUUAUUACCCGGACCGUUUUGGGUCCGACCGAAGCAUUGAUGAGCGGAGACCUGCCAGUAGUACCCACUACUACAACCGAUACAACGAAGAAGAUGUCAGUCCAUACGGAAGAGCUCACAUUCAGUCGAAGCCCAAGAGAAUAGUUUACUAUGCACACCUUCCUGAAGUCGCUCGAAAGCCCGUUGAUAUUAGAAACAAUCGCCAUCUCUAUGACGAUGUCGUGCGUUCGCCACCCGAAGCUGUCGCUAGCUCUACGUCGUACAGUCGGGCACCAGGACACGUAGACAAUAACAAUUAUCGUUACAGGAUGUCCUAUCCUUACGAAGCCUACCGACCGUACCAAAGAUAUGCUUACAGACGGCCGUACGAUGCUCUAUACCGAUCGGAGAUGAACGAUGACCAGUAUAUGGAUCAUGCAUCGCUGAGAGAAGAACUCCGAUAUCCAGAGCUUGAAGGUGGGAGUCUGGACCGAAAAGUUUAUAGCAGGGUUUUCGAUAGAUCCGAGUCUACAUUGCCAUGGCCAGUGGAAAUUGGGACCAAACUCCAUAUCAAGGAUGACAAGAGAAUUCCAGGACGUCGGAUCUUUGGUCAGAAUAAUGAUGACAAUGGGUAUGAGGUGAACGCUAAGAUUCAGGCCGCUUUGAAUUCGGAUAAUCCAAAUACCGAGCGUCGCGAAAGCAGCAAAUAGGUGUAGGACGUUCGACUGUUUCACGAUAACCAUUUUCAUCAAAAGUCGAUCAUUUGAUAACCGGGUGAAAAUGGUGAUUAGGGAAUUCUAAUACCUAUAAUACGGAGAAAAUACCUGUUGGAAUUUUUUGGUUAAAUACAUUGCGGUGAACUUUCAUGUGUAAAUUUCACAUUUCCGGUAGUUGGUCGCCCUAACAAAUAGCCGUUCUCGGAGUCUACCGCAUGCACAUUGAACUCUAGCAGACGACGGAGUGUACAGCCGCUAAGUAUUCACUCUGUGCACUUGGGUACAAUGAAUCUGAGACGGCUAAUUUUUUACACUAGACAGUUAUGUUGGCAAGACAGAGAAACCUACAGCACCAUAGUCGGUCGAGCGCGAAACAAAGUCGAUCUGAAUAAAAUUAA